CGCCGGCGCGCGCACUCGCAGUCACCGCCACCCACCACCUCCGCCACCAGCAGCAGCGCCGCCGCCACCGCCCACCUUCUGCCGUCGCCGCCACAGCCACCAUCUCCUCCACUGCCCUCUUCUGUCCUCGCCUUCUGUAGACUAUCAGGUGAGCCUUGAACCAGAAUGGCUGAACCCCGCCAGGAGUUUGACACAAUGGAAGAUCAAGCUGAGGGAUACACCCUGCUCCAAGACCAAGAUGGGGACAUAGACCAUGGCCUGAAAGAAUCUCCCCUGCAGACCCCCGCCGAUGACGGAUCCGAGGAACCAGGCUCUGAGACCUCUGAUGCUAAGAGCACUCCGACGGCCGAAGACAUAAUUGCACCCUUAGUGGAGGAAAGAGCCCCUGGUGAGCAGGCUGCUGCCCAGCCCCACACGGAGAUCCGAGAAGGAACCACAGCUGAAGAAGCGGGCAUCGGAGACACCCCCAACCUGGAAGACCAAGCCGCGGGACAUGUGACUCAAGAGGCGGUAAGAGUUCCAGGCCUGCAGAGGGAGAUGCCACUGGCCAAGGAGCUUAGUGUUCAAGUUCAGCCCGGACACGAUGGAGAAGUUUCUGAGAUCUCAAUGCCUCCUCUGGGUGACAAACAGCGAGAGGCUCCAGUCCCAGUGAUCACUAACCCUCCUCAGCAGCAUCCUACCUGCCCAGUGCCUCCUCCACCAAGAGGCCCUCAGCAAGCCCCCCAGGAAUGGGGACCAGAGCAUGGGGAUCGAGCCAGGGAGGGACUGGUCGUCUCAAAGCCCUGCUUCCCUGUACAUCUGCACCUGGAACCUGGGAGGGAAAGCUUCCCCUGGGAACCAGAGCAACCUGGAGGCCAGGCCUCAGAUCCAGGAAUCCUGGGUCUGACCCACCAACACAUGCCUGGCACACCCAGCAUUCCCCUCCUGCCUCAAAGCCCCAGAGAGGCCAUAUGCCUGCCUUCGGGGACAGGACCUGAGGACCCAGAGAGAAGCCAUCCAGCCUCUGAGCUGCUGAAAUGCCAGCUUUGGGGAGACCAGAACCAGGAGGGGCUGCCUCUGAGGGGGAAAGGCAAAGAGAGGCAGGGCAGCGAGGAGGAGGUAGAUGAAGACCGUGACAUCAGUGAGUCGUCGCCCCAUGACUCCCUUCCCUCACAAGCCUCCCCAGGCCCCAGUGGGCCACCUCCCCCGGUGGUCUCCAGAGAGGCCACUGGCAUCCUCGGUUGGCCAGCUGAGGAUGUCAUCCCACUCCCUGUGGAUUUCCUCUCCAAAGUUUCCACAGAGACCCCAGCCUCACAGCCCAACGGGCCUGGCACAGGGCCCACGGCGGAAGGGCCCGAGGCUGCUCCCGAGAUCACAUUCCAUGUGGAAAUCAAAGCCAACGUGCAAGAGGAGCAGACCCAGGCCAAGCUGGAUUCAGAAGAGACUGCACUUCUGGGGUCCCCUGGACAGGAGCAAGAGGCCCAGGGUCCCUCUGUGGGAGAGGCCAUAAAAGAGGCUGGCCUUCCAGAACCAUGUGAGAAGGAACCUGUAGCUGGCCUGCCAGGGAGGCCUGUCAGCCGGGUCCCUCAACUCAAAGCUCGCAUGGUCAGUAAAGGCAAAGAUGGGACUGGAAACGAUGACAAGAAAGCAAAGACAUCCACACCUUCCUGUGGUAAAACCCUGAACAAUAGGCUCUGCCUUAGCCCCAUACGCCCCUCUCCUGGUAGCUCAGACCCUUUGAUCAAACCCUCCAGCCCUGCCGUGUGCCCUGAGCCAGCCACCUCUCCUAAACACGUCUCUCCUGUCACACCCCGAACUGGCAUUUCUGGAGCAAAGGAGAUGAAACUCAAGGGGGCUGAUGGUAAAACUGGAACGAAGACCACCACACCCCGGGGAGCGGCCCCUCCAGGCCAGAAAGGCCAGGCCAAUGCCACCAGGAUUCCAGCCAAAACCACACCCUCCCCAAAGACACCCCCUGGCACAGCUCCCAAGCAAGUGCAGAGAAAACCACACCCUGCAGGGGCAAAAUCCAAGAGAGGAGAAUCUGCAAAGUCCGGAGAUCGCAGUGGCUAUAGCAGCCCUGGCUCCCCAGGGACCCCUGGCAGCCGCUCCCGCACCCCAUCCCUGCCAACCCCACCUACCCGGGAACCCAAGAAGGUGGCAGUGGUCCGCACUCCCCCCAAAUCACCUUCCGCCACCAAGAGCCGCCUGCAGACUGCUCCUGUGCCCAUGCCAGACCUGAAGAACGUCAGGUCUAAGAUUGGCUCCACCGAAAACCUGAAGCACCAGCCAGGAGGCGGAAAGGUGCAGAUAAUUAAUAAGAAGCUGGAUCUUAGCAACGUCCAGUCCAAGUGUGGCUCAAAGGACAAUAUCAAACACGUCCCGGGCGGCGGCAGUGUGCAAAUAGUCUACAAACCAGUGGACCUGAGCAAGGUGACCUCCAAGUGUGGCUCUUUAGGCAACAUCCAUCAUAAACCAGGAGGUGGUCAGGUGGAAGUAAAAUCUGAGAAGCUGGACUUCAAGGACAGAGUGCAGUCGAAGAUUGGGUCCCUGGAUAAUAUCACCCAUGUCCCUGGUGGAGGAAAUAAGAAGAUUGAAACCCAUAAGCUGACCUUUCGUGAGAACGCCAAAGCCAAGACAGACCACGGGGCAGAAAUCGUGUACAAGUCGCCCGUGGUGUCUGGGGACACAUCUCCACGGCACCUCAGCAAUGUGUCCUCCACCGGGAGCAUCAACAUGGUGGACUCACCACAGCUGGCCACCCUAGCUGACGAAGUGUCCGCCUCCCUGGCCAAGCAGGGUUUGUGAUCAGGCCCAAUAAUCGUGGUCAAUAAUCGUGGAGAGAAGAGAGAGUGAGCGUGUGGAAAAAAAUGAUCUGGUCCCUCAUCCUGUGCCCUCCCCGCUGCUCCCCACAGACGGGCUAAUGGGUCGCCACCUAACCUGCUUUUGUCUCUCGGCUUUGGCUCGGGACUUCAAAAUCAUUGAUGGGAAUAAGAGCAAAUUCCAUCUUUCCAAAUUGAUCAGUGGGCUAAUAGUAAAAUAUUUUUAAAGAUGUAAAAACCAUGGUCAUGCCCAACAUUUCUUUGGGCAAUUCCUUUUGAUUCCUUUUUUUUCUUCUUUUUUUCUUCCCCUCUGAGUAUUAGAGGGCAAAAGAGAGGCCCUGAAAGCUGCUUCUGGGGAAUUUCAAGGGACUGGGGCACCCACUGCCACGACCCCGUCCUGGGGGUGUCAUGGGACAGCGGCAGCAACACAGGAUUUGACACUUGGCAUGUUUGUGGAGCCACAGGCAGACGUCAGCCUUGUGUGAGUGUGA